AUGACAACUCUGUUCCAUCUUAUCACAUGGUUACUUGUUGAGUUGAAUUCAGUCUGUGCCCACAACUACACAUUCGGCUUACUCAUCACGACACGAUACUAUCUCCCAUUCAGAGUUGAUAGAAUUGGCGCUGCAGCUAAUGUGGCGUUAAAACACAUCCACAAUGAUCCGAACAUGCUUCCUAACGAUACGCUGGACUUCAUAUAUUAUGACAGUGGUUGUGACGGCAGAGUGUCUUUGGAUAGAAUGGUAACACUCAUUCGUGAUGACCACGUUGCUGCUGUGAUAGGACCUGACUGCACAUUUGCAUCGACGGCAGCGGGGCUCUUAGCGUCUCAGUGGAACGUUCCCAUGGUUGGCCACUUUUCAUCUGCAUCUGAAUUAUCGUCUCAACACCUGUAUGAUACGUACAGUCGUACGUCAUCGCCAUAUUCCAAAACUGCCUGGGCUGUCAUCAAAACCAUAGAAGCGUUUGGAUGGAAGCAUAUUGGCCUGUUUGGCGGCGGUUUUACCGGUCACUCGUCCUUAGUCAUUGACGCAAUAGAGAUGGAGAUAAUAAAAACAAAUAUUACUGUAGAAAUAAAUCGCUUUAAUCCAUGGGACGCGUCAGUUCAUGAAGAAAGGCUUGAUGAUAUGAUUAAAAAAGCAAGGGUAAUUAUUUUAAUAAUGAAUUCUGAACAAGUGCGUAACUAUAUGCUACUUGCAUACGACAGAGGGUAUCUCAAUGGAGAGUAUAUGUUUAUAACAGUGGAGCGACUAACAAUGGGUGAUUAUGAGGGUACAGCGUGGCAAACAGACGUGAUCGCCCGUGUUGAGGAUAUGGCGAUGGCAUUAAGGUCUUUGCUUGUGCUAGAAAUGAUAGCUCCAGAAGAGGACGUCUUCAAUGAAUUCGCCAUCGAGGUUAAGGAAAGUUUUUUGGAAGCGCCAUGGUUUAUUAAUAUGUCGGAUAUUUCUGGGGUCCAUCUGGCGGCGGCAUAUUUGUAUGACGCCAUUUUUCUGUAUGCACACGCUCUACAUCAAGUGCGUAGUAAUGGAGGUGAGCCUUACGAUGGAAGAAAUUUCUUCAAAGAAAUGCAACGAGUUGACUUCCAAGGCAUUACGGGUCGUAUUACAAUAGAUGAAAAUGGAGAUCGAAAUCACGAUUUUCGGCUUCUCAGUUUUGAUGCUAUCGAUGGUAUUUUUAUCAAGGCCGGUUUGUUUGAUAGUGCCACAAGUACGCUUCGGCUGUUUACUGGUACAAAGAUAGCUUGGCCUUCUGGGAAAGAUGAGCCUCCACUGUCAGUACCGACAUGUGGUUUCCAAGGAGAGUUUUGCAUAGAACCGGAGAAAAAUUUGACAAAUCUCGUAAUAGCCGUUGUCGCAUCAAUGGUUGUAGCAUUCAUCGCUUCUAUACUUGUGUUUAUUGUGUAUCGGAGGCAAAAAUUUGAAGCAGCUCUUCUGGAAACAGUGUGGAAAAUUAACUACAGUGACAUAGCGAUGCGGACAAAUUUAAAGUCAUUUCAUGACAGUUGUUCCAGUGAAAACAGAGUCAGAAGAAAUUCAAUAAGUGUUCUCUCAAUGGAGGGAUUUCUUGACACAUACCAGAAACAGGUUUUCGCUGCGAUUGGAACAUAUCAGGGCGCAUUGGUUGCUAUAAAGAUGAUUGACCGUUCGGGAGUACAUAUCACACGGAGUCAGUUGUUGGAAUUGAAAAAGAUACGUGACAUUCGCCAUGACAAUCUUAAUCAGUUCGUUGGUGUGUGUGUGGAUCCCCCAAACAUAUGUUUCGUGGAACAGUACUGCCAGAAAGGAAGUCUGCAGGAUGUUCUGGAAAAUGAUGAGAUUGCCUUGGAUUGGUUGUUUAAAGUGUCGUUUGCAAAUGACAUUGCUGCGGGUGUUCAAUUCCUUCAUAAAAGUCCAUUGACUGUACAUGGUAAUUUAAAAUCGUCGAAUUGUUUAUUAGAUGGACGUUGGGUUGUAAAAUUAACAGACUUUGGUCUUUGGGAAUUUAAAAAUUAUAAAAGAUACCGUUUAGAAGUCAGUGAAGAAGCUGCAUAUCAAGGAUUGUUGUGGACUGCUCCUGAACAUUUACCGGAUAAAGAUAUUGUUAAUUCAACUGUGAAAAUGUCGCAAAAGGGUGACAUCUAUAGUAUUGGCAUUAUCUUACACGAGAUAGUGUACAGAGAUGGGGUAUAUGGUAACACUUCUUUGUCACCACGAGAAAUUGUUGAACGGGUAAAGAAUAUUAACGUAACUACGGUCUGCCGUCCCGAAUUAGUGAGUGGAUCCCGUACACAAGAUAUAAAUGAAUUGGUACAGCGAUGUUGGCAUCCCGUACCGGAAAAAAGAUGUGACGUGUCAUACAUAAGGCGCGUCUUACGUGAUAUCAAUCCGAACACCAGUUCAAAUAUAAUGGACAAUAUGGUGACAAUGUUGGAAAAAUAUUCACACAAUCUAGAAGAUAUCGUCGCUGACCGAACGUCGCAGUUAAUGGAAGAAAAGAAGAGAACGGAACAACUACUAUACCGCAUGUUGCCACGAUCAGUGGCAGAGGGACUAAAAAAUGGCUACCCAGUAGAAGCAGAGACAUUUGAUUCUGUUACUAUAUUCUUUUCAGAUAUUGUAGGUUUCACUGCAAUAUCCGCGUCAAGUGAUCCAAUGCAGGUAGUUCAAUUACUGAAUUCGUUAUAUUCUUUAUUCGAUGGUAUCAUCGAAGAUUGUGACGUGUAUAAGGUAGAAACUAUUGGCGAUGCAUACAUGGUGGUCAGUGGAUUACCGAUACGUAAUGGAAAUAAACAUGCUGGUGAAAUAGCCACUAUGGCAUUGGCGUUAUUAAGUUCCAUUCAGUCCUUCAGAAUUCCACACAUGCCGAAUGAAAAAUUAAAACUACGUAUAGGUAUACAUACAGGUCCGUGUGUGGCUGGUGUAGUCGGAAUAGCGAUGCCUCGGUACUGUUUGUUUGGCGAUACAGUCAAUACUGCGUCUAGAUUCGAAUCAAAUGGCGAAGCUCUCCGUAUUCACGUCAGUAAAAAUGUAGUGGAAGCAUUAAGUAUACUUGGUGGAUACGUAUGCGAGGAAAGAGGAGAGGUUCACAUGAAGGGCAAAGGUGUCCAGACAACUUAUUGGUUACUGAGUAAGAACAUUUAG